GCUGUGACAGCGCUUUUCGCUGCAAGCGUCGCAGUACCGAAUCGGACGCGGUCUUUUUAUUUGUUUUUAUUUCCAGCCAGUGUUCGUUUAUUGUGUGACAAAAAUUAUUUAAGCCACAAUCAUGAGGGCGAUUUUAAUAAUAAUACUGGCUACCAGCGCAGUCAAUGGAGGUUACUUCAGUUAUUUUAAUGAUCAAAUGCAAUCGCUUCUGUCAACAGUUUCCCCUUUUGGUUACCAAUUCGGUAGCACAAAUAUACCAUUCACAUCAAAUGCUCCAGCUCUUAGAUUACCUGUGAAUGGAUUCGGCCGUGAGAAGAUCGCCGCGACGUAUGGAGUGCCAAGUUACAGUUUUAGCAACCCUCCACCGCCGCCGAGCAGUGGAUCAGACCCGGCGACUCAGACGUGUGGUCUACCCCCGGCUUUCUGUCCUAAAGCAAGGUACAGGUCUUUAGAUGGUUCCUGUAAUAACCUACAAUCACCAGUUUGGGGUACACCACAGACGCCUUAUGGUCGCCUAGUACAAUAUAAUUAUGCAGAUGGUCUUAGUGCGAUGCCGGUUUCUCAAACAGGACGUCAACUACCUAAUCCUCGAGAGAUUAGUCUAAGGCUCUUCCCAGACAAGCAACUGAUAGAUCCUGUAUGGAACCUUAACGCUCAGCAGUGGGGGCAGAUCAUCACGCACGAUAUGUCGUUGACCGCUGGUGUGGCACAAACACAUAAAGAUCUACUGACAUGCUGCGAUGAUAACGGGCGGCUAGCUCCCGACGCCACAUUCAACCCGACGUGUGCACCCAUCCUCAUUCCUCCUACUGACGUCAUCCACGCCCCCCAGGGCACGCAGUGCAUGAACUUCGUAAGGACAACUACGACCAGGGAUAGAGGAUGUACUGCGCCUAAUGCUCCCGCCGAACCGCUAUCAACAGUGACCGCAUACAUGGACUUGUCCCUCGUAUAUGGCAGUAGCGCGCAGCAAGGCGCUGCGAUCCGCGCAUUCUCCGGCGGCCGUCUGACUACCCUCGUGCGGAACGGGCGGGAGUGGCCACCACAGGACCCUAAUAUCACUCUCACAUGUGAAUCCGCGGUCUCUGUAAACGAACCCUGCUAUUUAACUGGUGAUAUAAGAGUCAACCAAAAUCCUCAAUUGACAAUCUUACAAAUCAUACUACUUCGAGAGCACAAUCGCAUCGCCGAUACAUUGGCUAAACUGAACCCAUACUGGGAUGAUGAGACCAUUUAUCAAGAGGCCCGUCGUAUCCAUAUAGCUGAAAUUCAACAUAUUAAUUACUAUGAAUAUUUACCUAUAUUCCUUGGUUUCAACAAUAUGGUAAAGAAUAAGCUGAUAUACCCUGGCGCCAAAGGCUUUGUCGACGACUACAAUCCAAGAGUAAACCCAACAGUACUCGACGAGCAUGCAACUGCCGCGUUUAGACAUUUCCAUACAUUGAUUCGAGGAUAUUUACAAAUGAUAUCAGAAAAUCGCAAACUAUCCGGUGCUGUGCGUAUGAGCGAUUGGUUUAACAGACCUCUGUUGUUAGAAAUCAAUAAUGUAUUCGAUGAUUUAGCAAGAGGUUUAGCUACGCAGCCGCAAGACUUUAGUGAUCAGUUCUGGGACACCGAAAUGACGCAGUUUCUUUUCAAGCGCAAUAACACAUUUGGUGGUGAUCUGAGAGCUACAGAUAUACAACGCGGGCGUGAUCACGGCCUGGGCAGUUACAAAGCCACGCGCGCUGCUUGCAACCUGCCUGUACCACACACCUUCCAUGAUAUGCUUGAUUUCAUAUCAGAACAGAAUGUGCAAAUCUUGCAAACCCUGUACGAUACUCCGGAGGACGUGGAGCUGGUGGUAGCUGGAUCUCUAGAGACGAAUGUGCCGGGCGCGCAAGCGGGGCCGACCUUCCUCUGUAUACUGACUGAGCAGUUCUACCGCACGCGAGCUGGAGAUAGGUACUUCUAUGAAAACGGUGCUGAUCCGGAGACUGCGCUUACAUUAAGUCAGUUGGAAUCAAUUCGGCACGGCGCAUCGAUGGCUCGCCUGCUCUGUGAUAAUGCGGACCACAUACAACUAAUGCAGCCUCGAGCUUUCGAGCAAAUUUCGCACAACAAUAAAUUAGUGCCAUGUGAUGAACUGCCGGCCGUGGACUUAUCGUUGUGGGCUGAUAGAAGACAUUAUUAUAAGAAGAAAUAAGUAAUUAUUAUUACUAGUUUAAGGAACCAUAUAAUUGUAAAAAAUUAACAACGUAAUAAUAUAUCUUGUCUUAUGAACUUUAAGUAUUUUGUUUUGUUUAUUAUUAGAGGAAAAAAAAAAUUGUAACAUCAACUAAAUUGUGAUAUGAAGAUAAUAAUUUCUCGAAUGUUACAUGAUUUACUUAUUUAAUUUUUUUAUACAAAUGUAAGUUUUUAGGCUAAUACCACAAAUGUUAUUGUUGCCAAUAUUUUUAUGUCGUAAUCAUAUAAAUAACGUGGUCAGACAUUUUUUAAUCAUU